AUGGCAGAUUCACGACCUACAAUGUCUUUGAAGAAUCUUUUAUCCAAGGUUCCAGCCCUCCUUCCUUCAACCGAAGAAGCAUGGCCUAAACAGGCGCCAAAAGAAGACGCCCCAGCUCAUCAUUUGGAGGCAAGCUACAGAAAUUCACCUCUGUACUCGGCUACCUCUCGGCCAACACUGGACGAGUUUUUACGGACAAAUUACUUAAUGAUUCCUGAAUUUGUGAAACAAGUGAAUGAGGCAAAGAAAGCAUCAGGGAUCGAAGAAAGUGAAAAAGAUGUGCAAAGUACUGCAUGUUGUGAACAAAGUUUGAAAGAAACAACACACUCUGUUCAUUUCCUUGCUGAGCAGAAUACAGGAAAAGAUGUCGAAAAUAAACAAGGAGCAGUGAAACUAACAGAAGAAAUAGAAAUAAGUAGAACAAUAACGGGUGGUGAGAAAUCCACUUUAAAUUCACAAAAGCAGAUCACCUCUGAAGAAAUAGAGGUUCCACCUCCUCAAAAACCAAAACCAAGAGUCAAAAAGGUUAUGAAAGGGGGAUGCUUGGUAAUCAUCCCUGCCCCCCAACCCAGGAAUAGAUCAGUACACAAUACACCAACAUCUGGAGAAAAUAUUAUUAAAAGUGAUAAAGCUACUGUUACUUCAGCAGACCGCAAGCAACUGGAGAAUCAUCCCAAAGAAGCAUUAAAAGAGAAGAAUUUUGAGAAUACCAAUGGAAGUCAGGCUAGACUGAAAGAUGUUGAUCAAAAAUCCAGUAGCGUGCACCCUAAGGAAGGCAAGCAACAUUUACAAUCCGACAUUUUGUCAGGGGAACAUAAGCAAAAACCAGUGACAUUAGCCAGUUUUUGUGAUACUGAUAUUAUGGAAGAAAGUUCACAAGAUCCAGUUAGAAGUCCAUCAAAAAAAAGAGCUUCAGUGUGUAAAGAAGGAGAUAAAUCUUUGCAUAGCAGGGACAUUCAGGAUAAAGAGCCUGUGAUUGAAAUUUCAAAUGGGCACUGUGUCACCAGCCAAAAAGAAGAGGUCAAUAAAAACUCGGGAGAGAUUUUGCUUAAAAUAAAAAAUCUUCCUGCAAAGAGGGGAGACCUUCCACAAGAGCCAAAAAAGAGUAACGUUAUCUCCAGUAAGGCUGUCACUGAAAAGACUGACAGGAAUUAUGAGAAAAAUGCAGCACUUUUGGCUACAGAUCCUGAGGAAAUAAGUAUCGGGAAUAAGCUUAUAGACAAUCUACAGGAUGAAGUGGUGGUGAAACCUGCAAACAAAGAAAGAGACCAUGUUGAGGAAAGAGAAGAUGAUAGUGUUGAAGGUCUUAGGAUGAAUCAAGAAAAAAUUGACAUUGAUGACAAGCAUUCUACCUCUGAAGAUGGAGUCCUCUACGGAAAUAAUCACUUUUGUGAUGAUUUAACAAGUGUUUAUGUGGAAGGCCAUGAUGUUACCACAGCCAAUGAUGGCAAUAACAGUGAAACUGCUAAUGGCAGUUCUAUGUGCAACUAUGAUAAAAGUGAUGAUGGUGACCGUGAUGGUGAUGAUGGUGACCGUGAUGAUGAUGAUGAUGACAAUGAUGAAAGUGGUAAUAUACAUGAUGACGAAGGUAGUACUAAAUAUACUGAGAAGGAUAAGGAUGAUAACGAGACAAGUGAUGAUGAGGAUCAUGAUGAUUGUAAUGGACAGGGAGGAGAGGAAAGUGUCAGCACAAAUGGUAAGAUUUCUGUCAAGGUAAGCGAAGAUGAGUAUGCUGAGCUGGUAAUGGAUGACACAAACUCUGACGGAGAAGAUGAGGGAGAUGAUUUUAAUCCUAGGGACAGCGAUGAUGACUCUGAUGAAGAGGAGGGUGAAAUCAAAAGUGACUAUGAACCAGAAGACAUGCAUCUGAAUUCUGAUACUGAAGACUGUACUGGGGGAAUAACAUUUUAUCAAGAUACCACACAAAGAAAAAGUAAAAACCAUUUCAGGAACAUGCAAAGAAAAAAGCGAAAGGCAAAAAAUCAGAGAAAGAAAGCUUCUCGGAAAAGAGCCAAAGCUGAAAAGAAGGUAUGUACACGUAAACAUAUUUGUAAGUAAUGAAGCUUACUGUCAAACUCAGAAAACCGUGACACCUGAAAAAUUUCAGGAAUGUUGAUUGUGUACUGGCCAAUCACAAUAAAGUUCAGGAUAGGCAAGCAAACCUCAAAACCACAAACUAAUUACCGUUGCUGUUUGUCAUUUAGUUAUCUUGGGCCUUAUUGGCUUAUUUCUCGCAACACGAUAACAUUUCAUAAGUAUUCUGGUGUUCACGGUUUUGUGAGUUUCACAGUGAAAGGGACAUCUGAGUUUGACUUGAAAAUUGGUUUUUGUUUUCUUGAAUAUUGGAGUUUCUUGUUUGAAAAUCAGAUUUGAAAAUCGGAAUUUGAAAAUCAGAGUUUGUUUUCAAAAACCAGAGUUUGAUAGUCGGAGUUUGAUUUCAAGAAUUACAGUUUAAGUGAAACUCCUGUUUUUUAAAACAGACUCUGGGUUCGGAAAACAAUCUCCGAUUUUUUAAAACAAACCCUGAUUUUUGAAAGCAAACUGUGAUUUUCAAAAACAAAUUCCAAUUUUCAAACUCCAAACUUCAAAAGGAAAUCUCCUAGUUUCAAACUGAUAAUGAUUAUAAUAAUAAUACUAAUAAUAAUAAUAUUAAUAAGUUAAAAUUUAUAGCGGGCAAAUAUCUAUAUGAAUAUAAUCAAACUCUGAUUUUGUAAAACAAACUCAUAUUUUUCAAAACAGACUCCCAUUUUCGAAAACAAAUUCCAGUUUUUGAUGACAAACUCUGAUUUUCAAGUCUGCAACUCAGAUGUCCCUUUAAGGUGGCUCCCUGGAAUAAAUUGACCAUGCGUAGCCUGAGCACUAUUAUGACACAAGCUUAAAAAUCCGCGCGACGUCCACGCAAAAAUAAAACAAACAUGGCUUCUCAGUUUUGAAAAAUUCCUCCAAAAAGACUUUAUUAACUUUCUGUUGAAGCUCAUUGUACAAAAAGAUUGGUUAUUGUAGGUCAGACAUUUAUGAGAGGAGACAAUGUUACACCGGUUACAAGUCACUAUCAAUCUCCAUAAGAGUAAAUGAAGCAGAAAUUUUCCAAAGACAUCAAUUCUUUCACUUCAAAAGUAGACAAAUGUAAAAUAGUCGAAGUAAAUGGUGAAUGGAGACUUAACUAAGAAAACAAAGAAGUAAGUCCACUAACCCUGAAGGAAGCAAUGUUAUUGUUUCUAGCCUUUAGAUCCCGGUCAGUGGAAAGGUCUGAAAGAUUGAAACAAGUCCCGAACAAACAGUGAGUGACCACCAGGGCUCGAAUUUUAGCUACGAUAGUCAAGUACCUUCAACUCGAUUGGCAAAUCAGCAAUAACAUUUUUAACAGGCCUAGCAUGACACAUACUCAGAUCUUGUUACAGAGAGGAGCCCAAAACAAGGAUUUCAGCACUGUUUCACAGAUGGACUCAACCAGAAGUUUAGUUCCGUCUGUAGCACAGGCUAUGUACAUGACUGUAUAUUUUUUUACUUUUGGCAAUGUAAAUAUCUAAGAUUAAUGUUUUCAAGAUUAUCAGUUGUAGAGGUGUAAUAUCAGUGCAUAUAUCAGAAUACAGUUAUAUGGGGAUUUUGCCUUAGGGUGCAAUUGUUCAACUUUUAAGAGUGCUUAGAAGACUUGCAGUGAUAGCUGUUGGGAGUGAUACUGAUUAUUGCUCAUCUUUCUAUAUAGGCUAUCAAUGAAAGAAUUACCCGAAGUAAGAGCUCUGAUCCAAAUAGCAAGAUAGCAAAUGACAAAGGCAAACACAUACAGGCAGCCGCAUCUCAGUCAUCUGCAAUCAGAGACAGACCAAAGAAUCUAGCUUCAUUGAAUAAACGGGAGACUUCAGAGAUGUUGCUAAAACAACAGUCAGUACAUACAACAACUCAAACCAAAUCAACUGAUCAGAACACGUCACAGGAAGGGUCACUAAACAAACCACCAGGACAGAGUCAAUCAGAGCAGGGAUCACUGUUGUCAUUAGUGUCAUCUUAUGCUGUGGAUUGUACAGUGGCAGCUAGUGAAAAGGUACAGUGUGUGUAGUUGUCAGAACCAGCUGUGUACCAGGAUUUGUGUACGCGCCAUGAUUGGCUUGUUAAAAAAGCCAUUGUCAAUUUGCGAAUCAGGUUGAAAAGAAAGUUUGACGCCCUUUUCUGGUUAUUUUCUGAGACCACUGGGGGCCAGAACAAGGAUACCUUACUAUCUUGGAAUUAGACUAUGUUUGCUCAGCAGGCUCUGUAGCUACAAAAAAUCUUGGAGACAGUUUUUGAAUGAUAUCAAUGAUGCUUAUGAUCAUCAACGCACCCUUUUUCUGCUAACUUAUGUCUGCACUAUACCAGUAUUUUCUUGAAUGAUAGAUGGGGCAAUAAUUUGAGGGAAGAUGAUGAUUUGAGGGAGGCGAUUAUUUUUAAUAUUUCUCACUUUUCAGAGCUUUUUUCAUCACUGAUAAUUUUUGCUGGAUCUCAAUGUUUUUCGACUUGACAGGGAGGGGAUUAAAGGAAGAGAAGAUGGUGAGAGGGACAAGGGGCAAUUAUUCGAGGAAGGCAAUUAAUCAAGGGAUGGCUAUUAUUCGCAGAAACACAGUAGCUCUUAGACCAGCUCAAAAACUAUACAAAAAAACAUAUGACUUGUUUCAGUUCUGGCCCAUCUCUGUACAGUGUAGACACAGCCUUAGUUAAUCAGUAUUAAAGUGAUGUACUAAAAAAAUUAAGCUUUUGUUAAUUUGUGAACUUGUCUGUAAAAUCCAUUUGCUUCCCUUAAAAAAAUUGCUCUUUAUUUCCUUAAAAACCCACAUACUGUAGUUUUCAUUGUUUGCAGUUGGCACUUAAGAGAAGCAGAGGUGGCCAGCACGCCAAGAAGUUAAAGAAAGCAAAAAGAAAAGCUGCUGCUUGGGAGAGAAUACGAAAAGGAGAGCCUCAUCCUAGGACAAGAACUGCUCCUAAACCUAUUUGUGGCUACUACAUCCAUGGAAAAUGUAAAAUGGUGGGUGUUUUUCUGUUUGUUUCUUUGUUUGUUUUGUUUUGUUUUUGUUGUUGUUGUUGUUGUUCUGUCUUUGCAAUGUCAAGUUAAAGUGCCCACCCAGGCAGAUUUUUAUCAUUUAAAUGAAAUUCUUUGUGCCUAAAUCCCUUAGAAGCGUUUUGUUUAAUUUAUCUUGUUUCAGGGAUGUUACACUAAAACAGGGAGUGUGGAACAAACUCAGGGAACAGGAAAUGAAAAAUGCGAAAAAACCUAGAACUGGAAAUGUAGUUACUGAUAGGUCUUGGGUUCAAGUUUAGUUUUGCUCCCAUUUUUCAUUUUCCCGUUCCCCAUGCGUGUUUCCCGUUCCCCGUUAGCCGUUCUCCAUUUCUUGUUUCCCCGGCCCUUUUCCCCGGCAGGUGAACAAUACCAGACGUGACGAUGUUUUUUUCCCUCGCAAAGCGCUGGAUAGACAAAUUUACUUAAAGCCUGUUCUACAGAUGUAGGCGUUCAGAUUGUUGGGUCAGCACAAAGAGGUGUAAGCAGGUUUGUGCCACCUUCCACUCACCUGAAUGUUUGUAACAGGCUGAGCGAUACGAGAAGAAAAUAACACGUCUAACUCAGGUUGUUGUUGUUGUUAUUAUUUUUAAUUAGUUUAUGAAAUUUAUUUUUUCUACUUAUUUUUCAGGGCAGCCAAUGUUCCUUCCGUCAUGACAAAUCAGCAAUCGUGAGGAAAAGAGAACUGUGUAAAUACUAUGCUUCCAGCAGUUGUCAUUUAGAAGAUGAAUGCCCUUAUAUGCACAAUAUCCUUUUCUGUUCAAAUUGCAUAGUGUAGAAACAGGUUAACUUGAUUUCCGGUCACAAUUCAGGCAUGAAGACUUAUGGAUUGUAUAAAGGAGAAAAUUGGCUCUGUUUUGUUUUUGUUUGUUUGUUUUUUUUUUCAAGUUUGUCUCCUUUUGCGUGAAAUUGUCACUCAAAAUUCCUCGAUAUCAACUUUUUUUCUGUAACCCUUCUUUCAUGAGUAAACAGUUCACUCCCUAACCCCUUUAAAACCAGUUUUCGGCACUUGUCGAGGCUAAAAUCAUUUUAGUGUAAAAAUAAUCCAGCACAUAAUCUCGUACCCAGAUCUCUUGUUUACGAAGCCUUUGGCCUCGUCAAUAAGAGAUCUGGGUACGAGAUUAGCUUGCACAAAAAUUUCAGGAAAUAAAUUGAAAUGAAGUAGUGGACAAAAUAGAAAAACAUCACUUGAAUGUACGAAAGUUUAAUAGGCAACAUGCGUUAAAUCGCUUGUUUUUUAUUUGCGGACUAGUAACUGCAGCAUACCCAGGCACUUCGAAGCUAUAUCCCCGUAACAGUGGGUACGUGGCUACGCGGCUACGCCGUAGAUUGCUACGUGGUUACGUGGUUAUGCGGCUACGUGGCUACUUGGGUACACAGCUAAGUAGCUAUUGGUCUGCGUGACUAGGCGGAUCCAUGACUUAAUGAACGAGGUAGACUAUAUACGAGGUAUAUAUGUGGUUGUUUCCGCCCAUGGUUUAAAAAACGAGGGAUAUUACACGUGUAGUACGUUUUUUUCGGCUCAAUGUUUAAAGAAAGAGAUAAACUACACGCGUUUCUUUUUCCACAAGUGUCGUAGUGGGAUUAAGGAACUUGGAGCGUGGCACCUUGUGAAUAAAUUUGUUUCGAGUUUCGAACCCUAACUCUAACCCUAAGCGCAACCGUAGGAGACUACGUAGCCGGCUAUCCAUGUAGCCAAACCGGGGUAUAGCUUCAAAGUGGCCGGGUAUUCCGCAGUUAAGCCUACUUCGCUUUGAAUGACCACAAUUUUCUAACGUUGUGGUUAGGAGCCAAAUUCAUACCUCAAAAAUAAUUCUCCCAGAAUGAUUCUUUAACCUGACGUAUGCUCGUUUCCAUGUAAGUUUUUUCACACUGGAACAAACUGCUGGGGUGGUGAACGAUGUAAAUUCUCCCAUGAUGCUUUGACGGAGGAAACGAGACGUCUCUUGCAAGAGGUAAGCGGUCUUUUUUUCAGUGCACUUGCCAGUGUUUGGAUAUGUAUGUGUAAUCAAAAUAAUGGUGACGAGUGAAUUUGAAUAGGUAAUAGCAUGAUUUGUAGUGAUAUUAGGCAUAAAUACCACGAGUGAUAUUUCGAAAUUGUUACACGCAAUUUCACAAGCCGUUAGGCGAGUGAAAUUUGAGACAAUUUUGAAACAUCACGAGUGGUGUUUAUGCCAAAUGCCAAAUAUCACGUACAAAUCAUGCUAUUAUUUGUUUUCUACUACCCGCAAAAGGUUUGUAAUUUUCACAUGUAGGUAUUUCAAAUUAAGCUGAAAUACCACUGCUCUAAGCCAAUCAAAUUGCAGAUAUUUUUCAUGUAGAAGUAUAAUGGAUGAAACUCGUUCCCUUGUUAUUGGUAUAAUUAUUAUUUACCCCACCCUGCUAGCGGGGCUUUUUUUUCGUUGGCUCGACUUUCGCGUACUCGAGAAAGACUCUGCAUGAAUCGAGUAAGAUCUUUGUUGCGCAUGCGCGGCAUUUUGCUUGGAUAUAGUUUGGAGCCCAGGCCUAUAUAGCCGUGCGCUUGGUACAGCGGGCUCAGUUCUGACCAUCGGUUGAUCAACGAACGGAAGCUCGCAGUCGGAAAACCAGUUAAACGAUGGAGAAUAGGUUUGACUAGUCCAGAAGUUCUGGCUGCGACUACUUCAGAGACUCCUUUACUUUUUUGUUUUUUUAUUUGAUUAGCUUCGCCAAAAAAAAACAAACAAACAAAUAGCCUCCCCGCAGACGUCCUUUGGGGUUCGUUUGUCACGCAUUCACUUCUCCCCCCGGUGGGGGAGAAAUGAGGCUAACAAACAAACAAACAAACAGAAAGAACGUUGGCAGGGACACCGCAACAGCUCCGGCCAAUUACAGCUGUGGCCAAUUACAGCGGCCCCGCUCUUCUCGCAGGGUUUCCUUACCGCUGCUUUUUGUUGUUUCCCCUUAGAUUCUCAAACCACCUGUUGCGCAACCGGUUCAGGAAACCUCUCCUGUUGGCUCUGAAAGCUCUGUGAAAACUCAAUCAGUUUCCGAUACGAGCCAUUACGACGAGAACAUGCCGACGUUGGACUCGUCUGGCUACAAUCUUAGAUCAAGUACGCUAAAAAGAAGGCUGAGUACGGACGGGUCUGAUCAGAUGACUGGAGAAAAGACCGCAAGGCGGGAAAAUGCAUGCGAAAAAUCGAGCAGUACAGGGCAGGGUUCCUUGUUUUUGCCAGGGUUGUACAAGGAUAUGUCUUCAUAA